AUGUUUUGGAAGGCCUCGAGGCCAACACUCCUCUACGCGGGCCCCCUAGGUGAGGUCGUCGGCGAGGUCGAUGCAGGGACUGUGAUCCUGGAAAGGGGUCGGUAUCGCGAUCCUUUUAAUGGCUGGUGGCUCAGCACUGCCACGGUCGAGGAUGGGACCUUGGCCUGGGUUUCCUUCGACCGUCUGUCCCGUGAGCCGAAUCUCGGGGAGGUCGGCCCCGCUUGGCUGCCCGUCAAAGACGACCGUCCGGUGUCUAGUGAACUCCAGUCGAGCACGCGAGGGCCUCAAUCGGUUGAGGAUCUUUCCUGUGAAGAAAGGGGGGGGGCAUGCGAGGACAGCGUGGAUAUUGCUGAGUUAAUGCGUUUAGCGAUGGGACAGGUCGAGAGCGUUUGGUCUGAUGUGGAAUUGAUUGACUAUUACUGGGAUGCGCUGGUGGUGCCCAACGACGAUAUUACACAGCAUUGGAAUCACCGAUACCAGGAGGCUGUUGAGGCUUUUUUGUACGACCCUUCCGAUAUGAAAUUCUGUAGAAAAUCCAUCCUUUUAGUUGAGUUAGAGGAGAAGUGGGGAUCGCCACGGGACCGCCUGGAGAGGCUCCUCUUAGAGUUCCAUGAGGCAGUUGAGAACAUAGCUGUGGAAUUUGUAAGGGACACACAGAGGCCUUUAGAGUCGCGUUGCCUUCGCCAGCACCCUACUCAUAUCAACGUAUUCUAUUAUGAAGAUUUAUGUAUAAGGGUAUGUACUGACACUUCAGAGUCAUAUUAUGGUGGCGAGGCAAACGCACACAAGGCAGGCAAGAACACUUUCCGCAGCUAUGAGUACCUGUCUCUGGGGGUGGCGUUAAGCAACUGCUUACUAAGUGUUUCGUUGCACGCAUUGGCCGACUUCGGAGGCUAUAGAUUGCUUGUCUCUGCUAUCCCACCGCUUACUUCCACCGAUUGUGUUUACGCGCCAUUGCAAGGUAGUACAUGCGCAGAAAGUGUUGAGCUCCUCAGUACGUUAUCUAAGCGCCUUGCCACUUCGCUUAACCUGAGUUCACACGGCGUGCAGAUACAGGCUCAGCACGGGAAUGACUCUGUAGUUUCUACCAAUGUACCACAGCUCAACUCUGGCAUCUACACGUCGAUUGUACUUCCUGUAGACAUCGCGCUAUACGCUGGGAAAGAUCGACGGUUAUAUCUGUUAAAUGGGUCUAAUGUGUUGCCAUGCAGUGCUCCUUUUUCUCUUUUCGAAUCGCGUGAGGUCAUCUCGAGCUCCCCACUCAGCAAGAAAUCGCAUCCCGGGUGUGCGGCUUCUGGACUUCGCCACGUGGCCGCACCGCGCCUCCGUGCGGAGCUGCUGCUCCGCUGUCCACAUCCUAUUAACCCGGACUGGUUUGUCGAAGGUGCGCAUACCGAACAAGACGUCGAGCGCUUGCGCGAACUCAGUGAUUUUGUUCAGACUGAUGGCCUCACGACGGUGGCCGGGAUACUGGGUUUAAUGCUGCCGGUGGGGUUUCCCUCGCUUCCCCUGCGGGAGUGCCGCCUCUGCGGGGGGGGAUUGGGGAACGAAUUGCGGUUCCUCGUAUGCCGUCAUGAGGACCGCUGCUGCUAUAUCUGCACACAUUGCUAUACCGCACGCAUGUUCGCCAGGCUAGACAACCUUAACAAGAGGAAAGAGGCGCUCGCGUCCUUAUCGAGAAAAGGUAAGCAUCGACAUCGGAGUCUUUACCCGAUAGUGGAUCCUGUUAACUUUACGGAUGCCGUGCGGUGCGGCGGUGCGGCUCGGGGUGCGGAUGCACUGGAACUGGAGCCAUCAAUCGCAUCACUGAUGCAUGCAAACGGCCUCAACUUGCGUUAUUUAGGCUUCGUUUACCACAGACUCCCACAAGCAUUUCGCCCUGUUAUGGGACCUUAUCUGGAGGUUGAAAUGGUUUCGAGGGCGGCGAAAAAGCUUUUAUCCGCUCGCUUGCGUAAGGCACUAACACCGCAGUCUGCCCAUGCUGUUGUGGAGGAAUUUUUUAUAAUGCUCUUGAGCCCCAACGGGGAUUCAGUGGAGCGAUUUUGGAAUGAGGAGUUGGGCCCGCAGAUCGGACGCUUAUUUCCAGGGGUGGUGUCACCUUUUUCUACCGCUUCCCUUUCUAUAGAGUUGCUGUUGGAACGUCUUGGCCAGCUUUCCGGGGUGGUUUUUUCCAAGGAAAGCCUUGCAUCAUUAUUCCGCCUUUGUUCAACAGAAGCAGAGAAGUCAGAGGGUGAGGUAGUAUCACCUAUUUCACAAGCCAAACCCUUCAUAGAACUAAAAGCUAUCAACCCAUGUGUUAAGGUAUAUAGAUUGCCUAUGCAGAGACUCUCAGAAGAUCGAGAAAAGGCUAGGGCUGCUAUUUCGUCUGUGUUGGAGCGUCUGUUGGUAUUCUGGAUCGGAUACACACCAAAUGGUUCAGAUGAAAGGCUCCAGCCCAAUUAUCUAACUAAAUUAGACUUAGACUACACAGGGUGA